GAGAAAUUGUGUUUAUUAUGUUCUACUUAGUUCAUCUUCCACACCUCUUUGCAUUCUUUGUUUAUUGCUAUUUAUUGAAAUUAAUGCUUGCCUUUUCACUUGUACCUUAAUCUUUGCUAUAUAAAUCUGUUUUUUGUGAACUUGUACUCAUUUAUCCUUUUAUUCUCCUCAUUAGUCAUGGAAGCAUCAUUCAUAGUAAACUUGCAUUACUCGGUUUUGUUCAUCUGUUUUUUCAUUAUAGCGGCAGCACUAGGUUUUACCACAGACCUCAUCCACAGAGACUCCAUUAUAUCUCCUCUGUACAAUCCUACUAAAACUCAUUGGGAGAAGUUGAAUGAUGCCCUCCGACGCUCCACCACCCGAGCCCGCUACUUUGGGUUGUCGGACUCUCGGGCAAUGGUUGGGUCUUUGGUGGUCCCCGCUGGCGGGGAGUAUAUAAUGAACAUAUCAAUAGGUAGUCCCCCAGUUACCCUCCUUGGAAUAGCUGAUACUGGAAGUGAUCUCACUUGGACCCAAUGCAAACCCUGUGUCCAAUGUUACAACCAAAGUCUACCAAUUUUUGACCCCAGAAAAUCCUCCUCCUUUCAACCCAUACCAUGUGGGUCUCCUAUUUGUUCCUCAAACUUGGCUACUAGUGAUUGUAACUCGAAUGGAGAUUGCACAUACUCCUACUCCUAUGGGGAUAAGUCCUACACUUAUGGAGUUCUUGCAAGCGAAACAAUCACCUUCGAGUCCAACUCAUUUUCUGGAGUGAUAGUAGGGUGUGGGCAUGACAAUGGCGGUUCUUUUAACGAGGAGGGGUCGGGCCUAAUUGGGUUGGGUGGAGGUGAGCUUUCGCUUGUGACACAACUAAAACUCACUAUUGAUGGGAAGUUUUCGUAUUGCCUAGUUCCCUUCUUUAAGACUAGUUUAGUCGGUAAGAUCAGCUUUGGCCCUGAGGCCUUAGUCUCGGGUACAGAUGUAGUUUCAACGCCUCUUAUAAAGAAAAGUCCAUCCACAUUCUACUACCUAACUCUAGAAAGCAUUGAAAUCGGAAAUGUGAAUUUAGGAUACAAAGAAUCAAGAAUUAAGUAUGCCGAGGAAGGUAACAUUAUAAUUGAUUCGGGAACAACAUUAACACUUCUGCCUCAAAAGUUCUACCAAGAUUUAGAAGCAGAAGUGAAGAAAAACAUAAAAGCUGAGCCUGUUGAUGAUCCAGAAGGAAUGAUGUCUUUGUGUUAUAAAAGUGAUAGGGAUCUCGAUGUCCCGAUUAUUAACAUGCGUUUUGCCGGGGCAGACCUGGAACUUAAACCUUGGAAUACUUUCAUCAAAGUGCAGGAAGAUAUAGUAUGCUUAGCUAUGGUACCAGCAACUGAAGUGGCUAUAUUUGGGAAUUUGGCUCAGAUGGAUUUUCUAGUUGGGUAUGAUCUUGAACAAGGGAAAGUCUCUUUUAAAUCAACUAAUUGCUCUCAGUUCCAAUCAUGAAAUCUUGGUUGUUAGUUUCGUUUCAUUUCUUCCACUAAGUUGUUCAAUGUUUUAGUGAAUAAGUAAUUGUAUUACAUCCAAAAAAAGUAAUGAUAUGAUAAUAUAACCUUGACCCUGA